AUGAAAGUGAGAGAAGAAAUUAAGCUUCUCAGAGUCACUGUCUCUGAAAUCAAGCUCUUUCCAGAUUUCUCUCUGAAUGAUCACACAGAGUCAUAUGCUACUGUAUUGACUGAGAGAGGGAACAGCGUUGCAACAGCGGUGGAGAGAGCAGGGAAUGAACUGAACACAGAUGCAUCAGUCAGCAGAAGAGAUGACACCUCACUGCAAGGCACAGCAACUACCACCGCGGCUGUGAGAGAAGCAGGAGAAGAUGUAGCAAUGAGAGUGAUGCUCCUGCGGCUCAUUGACAUCAUCUCUGCCUUCAACCUGACUUUCUUAGCGGCUACAGAGGCUGCAGCCGCAUCAUGA